AUGAGCAUCCUGGUGCCCCUGCUGCUCACCUUGCUGGUGCGGUCAGGCUGCCACACGGCCACUCUGCUGCACACCUCCAUCUUCCUGAAGGAGAGCAUCAGGCUGCUGGAUGAGCUCCUGGAAGCAAAGGUCCCCUGUGACAAGAUGAACGUGACGAAUGUUUUUGCAGGCGAUAAGCAAGACAACGACCUGGAGACCUUAUGCAAAGCCACCACAGUUACCUGGGAGGGCCGGAGCUGCCACAGGCACCUGGAGGGCAUCCACCUCAACCUGCUCAGCCUGCUCCGAAGGAAGAGCAGAGUCUACAAGGCCCCGUGCCCCGUGCCAGGAGGCAGCACUACCUCCCUGGGUGAUUUCCUCCUGGACUUGCGCAGAGCCCUCCACCGACUGGUAAAAGGGCAGAGCUUGAAGUGA